AUGACAAAUUACGUAACGACUAUGGAAGAGAAGGCUGAAUUCCAACGUAAAGAAGGCUGUCAAUUAAAUGGCAACUCUUGUUGUGCUCUUAAACAUGCUGUGCGUUCACUAACUAAUUUGGAUGAUUUUGUUAGUGAACGUAUUGGUGAAGGGUUUUUCUCAGAAGUGUAUCGUGUUACUCAUCGAACCACUGGAAAAGUUAUGGUACUCAAAAUGAAUAUCAAACAAUCUAACCGAUUCAAUAUGCUAAAAGAAGUACAGUUAAUGAACAAGCUUUCUCAUCCUAAUAUACUUGGGUAUGCAAUUUAAGAUAUUAAAUUGAAACUAGCAAUUAUAACUACAGUAAAAUAAUUUUAAAUCAAAUUUGUUCACAUUAAAUGUAGGUGUAUAUUAAACAAAUAAAAUUGUAAUAUUUCAAUAAAUGAUCUAAUAUCUCUUGCAUAACUUGAUAUAGAAUAAUAAGCUAUUGAUGUUGAAAAUUAAAAUUUGAUUCAAAAAAAUAAUUAAUAAUACUAUAAUACUUCAUAUAGUUAAUACAAUAAUCCGUUUGCUGCUCAUAAUUCUAAUUAAAUGAAAUGUAUUAUGGAUAUUUAAGUUAACUUUUCUCCAUCAAAAAAAAAAGUUAGAUCUCAUGAUUUAAUUUAUAUUCAAUAUUAAUUAACAUUUUAUUAUUUUUAAAAUUUUUAAAAUUUCAUAAAUAGUACUAAAAAUUUAUAGAAACAGCCAAUCAAUCAAUGACCACUUUUAGCAUACUCUUUUAUACAUAUAAUAUAAAUUAUAGUAUUUAAUAUUUAUUGUUUUUAAUUUUAUUUGUCAUAAUUAUUGAAUUCUUAUGUUUAUUAUUUAUUAUUAAACACAAUUUUAGUUAUUUAUUUAUUUUAGUAAUAAUUAACAGGCGGUAUUGAAUACAAUUAGGUAAUAUAUUUAAGCUUCAGUAAAGAGUAAGGAAAAUACAUAGUAAUAAUCAUGCUAAAAAAGAAAAAGAAAAAUAAUAGUAAUAAUAAUAUUCUACAUAAUCAACAAUAUAGUACAUAUUAAGGAUAAUUAGAUUAAAAAAGGGGUCUUCGAUGGCGAUAGAUAUCAGGUGUCUUAAGAAUUCAUUUUUUAGGUAAUUGCUUUUAGAUUGGGAAAUAUAAAAGGACAUAGAGGUAUGGGUAGAACAUUGCGGAACUUUAAAAUGUAUAAAGGAUAAAAGAGUAGAAAAAUCAAUACCAUUUGAUAACAGACUUAGGAAGUCUUACCUAACAUCCAUCUAUGGUCAGCUAGAGAUUCAAUGUCAAGAACCUUUGAGAAUGGACUGUAAUUGUGUGGGGGGCACUGAAUGCCUAAAAUGAAACUUGCGUACUUUAAAAAUUUACGUUGGACUCUUUUAAGCUGAAGAUAUAUAACAUAUACAACGAUACAUUAUCAUUAUUAAAUUAUUGUAUAAAUAAAAAGCUGCAAAGUAUUAAUUUUACUUGAUAUAUAAAUAUCUAUUAUUGUUAUUUCAGAUUUGAAGGCGCUUGUGUUUAUAAAGGACAACUCCAUGCAUUAACUGAGGUAAAUGUAAUAUCAUGUUAUAAAUUAUUGUAUGUCUAAUAAUAACUAUAUAUCAUUUAUUCUUUUGAAAAAAAAAAUUAUUUGUGCAAUUUCACUUUUUAGUAUAUCAAUGGUGGAAGUUUAGAACAACUAAUUGAGUCUGAUACUGAACUUUCAUUUAAAAUAAGAAUGAAAAUAAGUCUUGAUAUUGCAAGUGGCAUGAUGUAUCUUCAUUCAAGAGAAAUAUUUCAUCGUGACUUAACAUCUAAAGUAAUUUAAGUUAUAUGUUAACUAAAUACUAUAUUUUUACUAUCUAAAUCAAAACUAUUGUUUAAUAUUACUCAUGUAAGAUUACAUAUACGAUAAUAGUUUGUAUAUUAUUCUAUAAUGAUUUUAGAAUGUAUUAAUUAAGAAAAACGAAACAACUAGAGAUCUGACAGCUGUUGUAGCUGAUUUUGGACUAGCUGCAAAAAUACCAAAGUAAGCUAUACUUUAUUAAAGUUGUAUUACAUUUAUACAAUUUGAUUAUGAUUUCAAAUUUAUAACACACAUAUUUUUAGAUUUGGAACGUAGUAAGGGAUAUAUUAGAUGCAUUAUGUGUUCUUUUUUUCUAUCUGUAAAUAAUUUGUUUACCAGAAAUCUUCUCUUAAUCAAAAAAUAACAAGAGACUUAGUUUGUUCCAUUUUGGUUAUAAGUGUUACAUUAGAGAGGUUGUUUUUUGAUUUUCUAAUUGGUUUUCAUGUUAGAGAAGCAGGCAAAUAUUUACUGCGCAUCAUUUUGUUACAGAUUUUAUUAUUUUGAAUUUGUAAGCUUUAUGUUUUCUACCAGAAAGAAAUUUUACUUCAACAAAAAACACCAAAACGCCUUUUAAUAUUUUUGUUGCAUUUUAAGUCUAGUAGGUUAGUAGCAAAAUCGUUAAUAAAAUAAAUAAAUAGAAAAUCGUACAUUUUAAAACAUAUAUAAUUGAAGUUGGUUCAGAAUCGUAUUUCAUUAGCAAUAAUACAGAUAAAAAUUAAAUAACUUAAUAAUGUAUCCUACCAUCUCAACUUACCACCUACAUCAGUGUCACACUUAUCAUUCAGUAACGUAUCCAGACAUUUUUUGGGGAGUGAGGCUAAAAACAGCCCUUUUGCAACAUUAAUAUUCGUGACAAACCAAAAAAAAGGUCAUUGUGUCUUGUGACACUAUUCAAAUGUGGCAUGCAUGGUCUUCACCCUCUCUAAAUAUGUCCCUGGGAAACUGAUCAGUUACACUUAUUAUAAUAUCAUACUAUAUUUCAACAAUGAUUUAUGAUUUCUUGAAAUUUCAUGUGGGGGAGAGGGGAGAUAUGAUUGGCCACUGUUAUCAGCAGUAUCUUCUCUUUUUUUAUUUUUUUAAUCAUUUAGAUCUUAAAAUUAACCACAACACUGAAAAUUUAAAAGUUAACUUUUUAAGUUAAUAAAUCAUACAUUUUUUUUUAGGAAAGGACAAAGGUUACAGCAAGUUGGAUCACCUUGGUGGAUGUCACCAGAAUGUGUGAAAGGCAAUGUAUACAAUGAAAGCAGUGAUGUUUUUAGUUAUGGAAUUAUUUUAUGUGAAAUUAUUGCAAGAGUUAAAGCAGAUCCAGAUAUUUUACCUAGAACACAAAAUUUUGGCCUGGAUUACAUUGCUUUUGUUGAGCUAUGUUCAUCCUGUCCCCCCCCUACUACAUUUCUUAAAUUAGCAUUUUCUUGCUGCCAUGUAAGAUUAAAAUGUAAAAAUAUUCUGAAAUAUAAUUAUUAGUGAUUUUAUAUUAUUUUAUGUACAGUUGGAUGCUAAGUCUCGUCCGACAUUCAAAGAAAUUGUACAGCAAUUGGAAGAAGCACUUGCUUUUACACCUAUUACUGUAAGUUCAAAUUUAUCUGGACCACGGAGAUGUCCAGUUGCUUCAACUCGGUCAAAUCCUUGUUCAUCAGCAAUGGUAGAAGCACGAAGUGAAGAGUUCCUGAUAAAGAGUGGACCCGAGGAAAACAAUCAUAAAAAAUGUAAUAGAACAUUUUGUUCAUUAUAUUAUAUAUUAAUAAUUUCUACAAAUUAUAUAUUAUUUAAUAGAAUAUAUUAAAUUAUUUUAUUUUGUAUUUUUACCAGUGUGUCAUAGUAGAUCAUUGUCCGAAGAUGAAGGCAUAUUGGCUUUUCCAGCACAUACUGCUCCUUCAGACAAAGCUCGAUGUCAUUUUGUGCAACCACUACGUUAUGUAGGUGAAAGUAUGUGUCGACAAGAUCCUCAUUAUAAGCCUUGUCCGUCCAAAUCCAAUCCUUUUCAUAAAUUGGAUGCAAAGUUUCAAGGCGUUAGAAAGAUACUUGCUUCAACAAAUGGUUCAGAUUUAUUUUCAUCGUGCUGCGAACUACCCUCACCUGGUUAUGGUGGUGAUCUUGAAAGACGUUGUUCAUUGAGUGUAUCAAGUGGUGGUACACUUAUUGCUGAUUCGUCUUCACCUAAAAUGAAACACGAAAACAUUUUGAAACCCUUAAAAAAAUGUCAAUCCAUAUCUUUACCAGCAUCUCCUCUAAUGUCCAGAACAAAUGGAAGACGAUGGACAUCUUUAGCAAAUAUAGAAAAUACUGCUAAAACUUUUCCUACAGUUACAGUAGAUUCAUGUUGGACUAAUCUCACUAUUCCGGUUAAUUCUGGGGUAGCCAAUCUUAGACGAAGAGGUUCAUGUGAAUCAGGUUUCUACAGUAGUGUUUGUGAUGAUUUCUGUUUACCAGGUAAGAUAUAUAUAUACAGAAUUGUAAAGUUUAUUAUUUUUGAUUUUUGAUAAAACAUAUUUAAUAUAAUACUAAGAAUAUUAAGACGCUUUUAAAAUAACAGUUGUAUGCACACGAUUAUUUUCUUGCUGUAUGGGUGGAGAGCGAAACAAAUAUUAAUGAACGACGUUUUGGUAGGACUUGAGUGUCAGCAUACGACUAAUGCUUCAUCAGUAACAUUGUCAUCUGGUUCAGCUACAUCAUCAUUGUUCCUUGACUCUACUGGUGACGAACACCACCUAAGACCUGGCGGCUAUUGCUUUCAACACAAUAAUACACACCACAGUUCAGAUGACCUCUCCACGUGUAAUGAAUGGGAUCACCAAGUAAUAAUUAUGCACAUUUUAUUAAAUAUUUUUUACACCUUAUACUUAUUUAAAUAAUCAAUAUUUAUUCCAGAAAACUAAACAUAUUAGUAAAAUCGUAGAGUAUUUUGAAGAAAAACAAAAUCAACGAGAAAUGCAGCCCUCUAUACGACCAAAACGCUCAGGUCUCGUAUCUGGAGUUUUACGACGUGCGACAAACACAGCUAGUCCAAAUAUCUGUGGAAAACGUAUUUUGGUUUGUGAAGGAGCUGUAAGAUCAAAAUUAAAGCUUUUUGAUAGAAAAUAA